GGGCUCUUCAAGACCCAAAAAAGUGAGAGCGAGACAUUUUCUUUGAUACAAAAGAAAUUGUGCACAAAGAAUUCGUCCCACCCAACCAAACAGUGGAUUCUGCAUACUACUGUGACAUUUUGCGAUGGCUCCGUGAAAACGUGUGGUGACGACGGCUCGAACUUUGGUAUCUAGGGAACUGGCUGCUGCAUCACGACAAUGUGCCCUGUCACACAUCCUUGUUCACUAGAACCUUUUUGGCAAAAAACAACAUGGCGGAUUACCCCACCCACCAUAUUCACCAGAUUUGGCACCUGAUGACUUCGCGCUAUUCCCAAAACUGAAACUCAAGUUGAAAGGCCAUCGGUUUGACACUCUAGAGAGGAUUCAAGAAGCAUCGCUGGCAGUGAUAAACACCCUCGAAGAACAGGACUUCUAGAAAACAUUUGACCUGUGGCAGAAGUGCUGGGACUGGUGUGUACAUGCGGAUGGGAACUACUUCGAGGAUGAUGGUGACCAUUAGUCCAAAGGUAUUGAUACGAGGUUUUUGGCGAAUGACAGUACACUGAGAGGCAUGUACUUUUAUAUGUGAUACAGUGCCUUAACUCUUGUAUUGAUCAAGAUAUUGAAGUUUUGAAUUCAGGGCAUGCAAAAAUGGAGCAUGCUCUGACAUCCAACAUUACGUGGUAUGAGGCAUUAAUAUCUGUGAUGAAACUUCAUGACAAUAUUACUGCAGUUCUUGAAGCAUUUUCAGUGGAACUCGAAACAGGCACUAAAAAACUGUCCAUUGAUAUUGUUGUUAAACAUGGUUAUGAGUGGAUAAAAGUCAUAGCAAAGAAUGCAAGAAAUGUCAUAAGUUCCUUGGAGGGUGAUUGCAGUUAUGGGAAACGAACCUACAUUGAUCAAGCAAAAGAUAUACUUCUGUGUGCAGAGAAACAUGCCCUUUAUUUCAAAACACCUAAGGUUGUUUUUGUGUUUACACGUGGUGUGGAUGAAGAAACUGUGAAGUGCCUUACUGACCUUGGUGUUACAGUUAGGAGUAUAGGAAAUGAAUCUGACUGGUCUGAAAAAAAUAAAGAUGAAGCUAAAGGAACGCUAGAAAAUCAGAAUCAGCAUAACACAACAGUUUUCAGCUGCAGUUCAUUAAAGGAAAACAAAAAUGGUUUGCUAGCACAUGUCAGUGAUAUUCAGUGCCUGAAUCUUGAUGUAACAACUUUACUUGCUUAUGUGUCUGAUUUAACCAAUGGAGGAUGUUACUUUGAUUUUGAUGAUCCUUGUAUUAAUUAUCAAGCUGAGCAGGAAAGGAAAGAACCAUUGAAACCUCUUCUGGACAAACUGUUUGUUGGGAAACAGUUGAUAUGCUGUCAAAGUGCAUAUGAAAGCUUCUCAUCCAUCAUUGAUACAGUUGGUGGUGAAAGUGAGAAGAAAUCUGCAUCACAGUUCAUGGAGAAGGUUUUGGUUGUUAAUGAUAUACUUUCACAAGAAUUUGAAAAUAUUAAAUUAGGUGGAAAAAUUAAGAAACGAUCACUUAUAGUUUUUGCAACAGGGCAUGCUAUGAGAUCAGUAACAGUAACAGCAAAUGAAGGAUUUUGUAGAGCAUCACUCAAUAAGGGUAUUAGAUUUGCUGUGUUUCUGCAUCAACCCAGGGCACUAACUGAAAAUAUGAAGAAAAAAAUUAUAUCACGCAGCAAGACCUAAUUUUCUUCCGUACAAAGGAAAGCAAGAUAAUUGGUAUGUGAAGAGACCUCACUGAAUAUGUCAGUCUAUUUUUGACAGUUGUUAGAGUUUUUUGGUAUUUUCAUAUUUAAUAAUAUUGCCUUAGAGCUAUAACUAUAUACGAUUGGCGUAUAUUUCCGUCUGUGAUAUGCAUUUACACUGCAUUAACAUUUUUUUAUGUUUUGAGGAAAUUUUCUUGUACUUGUUGUUUAUUUAUUGUCAAAAACACCCACUACCGAAAGUGGGUUGUAUUUUCUGUUAGUCUGCUAUGUAAUA